UAAUUUCUUCAUAAUUUCAUUUUGUACGCAAAUAAAUUACAACAUGUCAUCACGUCCAAAUCACGUCGUGACAUUGAGCUGAGCCGGCCGAAUGUAGAGUGACUACUUUCACUUUCUUUGAUUUUUAUGAUAAUAAUAUUAUCGAGCCACGUAUUUCUACAUGUUAUAGGUGACGGCAGUUGCCUAUUAUCACGGUCUAGUGUGAACCAUAAUGUGGUGCCUUUGUUAAUUUUUUAAACAUUUUUAAACCUUGCCCAGUUUGGUCACGGUUUAUACAAAUUUUGAAAAUGGGUAUGGAAAAAUAUAACUCCAAUAUGGACGGAAAAGACUCAGAGUAUCUCUACCCUCCAGAGAUAUUGAAAAGGUUGGACUUUAGCAAAAGUCCAGCUACGUUCAAACCGAAGAUCAGUGCUGCAAACCCUGGUGAGGACUGGAUGGUGGUGCGCCCUCUGCAGCGGGCAGACUAUGACAAGGGGUUCCUGCAGCUUCUAGGCCAGCUGACCAGUGUUGGCAAUGUCUCGAGGAAGCAGUUUGAUGAACGCUUUACAAUGAUGAAAGCGUCCGGUGGCUACUUCGUGACCGUGAUCGAAGACACGCGCAUCAACAAGCUGAUAGGCGCUGCCACACUCACUGUCGAGCAGAAGUUCAUCCACAACUGCUCUUUGCGCGGGCGUUUAGAAGAUGUUGUGGUAAACGAUACGUACCGAGGAAAACAACUAGGGAAAUUGAUCGUAGUGACGGUAUCCCUGCUGGCUCACGAGGUGGGCUGCUACAAGAUGUCGCUGGACUGCAAGGACAAGCUCAUCAAGUUCUACGAGACGCUCGGAUACAAGCUCGAGCCCGGCAACUCCAACGCUAUGAACAUGAGGUUCGACGACCCCUCCUGACAAUUAGCCGCUGGGCCAUCUGACCUGCGCUCCAAACUAUUUUCACUUGACACCUGUGGCAACACGAGUAAUGAAGAAUAUCAAGCAACCAGUUAACUACGUACAUAGAAUAAUAGUAAAAUUGUGUUUUUAUAACAAGAAAAUAUAAUUAAGUACCUAUUAAAUAUUUUAAACUUA